AUGUAUUUAGCAAUCUCAACUCGUCCAGAUAUUCUACAUUCCGUGAGUAAAUUAUCGCAGCGCAAUACUGAUCCGCAUGUAGAGCACGAAGCAGGAGUGAAACAUGUGUUACGAUAUUUAAAAAAGACAGUCAACUGGAAGCUGAACUAUAUGAAAUCAAAUAAAGCUAUUGAAGGUUUUGCAGAUGCUGACUGGGGUAGUGACCCUAGUGACCGUAAGUCAUACUCAGGCUAUGCUUUUGUAUUAGCUGGUGGAGUAUUUUCUUGGGAAUCCAAGAAACAGAGCGUCGUAGCUCUAAGUAGUACAGAGACUGAAUAUCUCGCAUUAUCCGCUGCGGCGAAAGAGGCCGCAUAUAUUAACAAACUUUUAAAAGAAAUGGGUUUUGGGCAGAGUGGACCAACAGUAAUCAACAACGACAAUCUGAGUUCGCAAAGUUUAGUAAAGAGUCCAACUUAUCAUGCAAGAAGCAAGCAUAUCGACAUCAAAUUUCAUCAUAUCCGGCAGAUGUACAGCAACAAGGAAAUAGAUUUAAGUUAUAUUUCAACAAAUAAUAUGAUGUCAGAUAUGUUAACGAAAAAUUUACAUAAAUCAAAGCAUGUAAAAUUCUCUAAAGAGAUGGGAAUAUUUUAG